GAAGUCUGUCAAUGUUUGGUGUCUGUUCAGCUCACUGCAUGAAAUGGAACCACAGACUAGAAGUCAGACCAGCUUCCUCCUCUACAGUAACGCUUUACUGUUAUUUAUAUUGUUAUCUAAUCAAAUUCAUAGAGUUUUCCUUCUAUCAACUUUUUAAUCGUGUUUUCGACCUGCAGAUGUGUUUUAUUUUGUGGACUCACUAUGAAUUUAACAUCAGCAGCAAGAGAAUUUCUAGCUUUCCUUCUGUCAGUACAAGUGCUUCAGGGUAAUGAUGACUGGAGAGUUACGUACUCAUCUAGUAAUGUCUGCGCUUUAAGAGGAUCAACGGCUGACAUCAGCUGCACUUUUGACUACCCUGACGACGUACAGUACCGCCCUACCACAGUCACAACACUGUGGUUUUCUAAAGGAGACAAGUAUCAGCCAGUUGAUCUGGAACACGAUACAAACUACAGAGGUCGUGUUGUAUACAGCUGUAAAAGGAUCAGGUGCUGGUCCAGAUGUCAUGGAGCAUGUACCCUGAGUAUCAGAGACCUGAGACAUAGUGACUCUGCUGUCUACAAAUUUAGGUUUGCAAUAAAUCAACCAACUCCAGUCCCUCAAGUGAAGUUAUCUGUUACAGAUCUCCAGGUGAAGGUGUCCUUUCCUGACCCUAACGACCCUACCAGGGCAGAGCUGGAGUGUCACAGUAUGUGUGGUCUAGCUCCCUACAUCUGGUUCAGGAAUGGACAGAAUUUAGGACAGGGAGUGAACUACAGGGCCUACAUUCAGUCUGGAGACAACUUCUCAUGUGCGGUUGAAGGAUACGAACGUCUCCGCUCUCCUUUAGUGUAUGGGCCUCAACACACAUAUGUGUAUUCAAGUCCCUCUGGUGAAAUAGAGGAGGGCAGUUCAGUGACUCUGAGUUGCAGCAUUGAUGCCAACCCAGCAGCUAAGUACACCUGGUUCAAGAACAACCAACCUCUGCUCUGGGAACCAUGUCAACCUCAUACCUUCCCCUCAGUCCACCCUGAAGACAGAGGAACGUACCACUGUCAUGCAGAGAACAAAUAUGGACAUCUGAGCUCUAACUCGAUAUUCAUGGAUGUCCACUACGCUCCAAAUUCCCCGACAGUGACCGUGAGUCCCUCAGGUGAAUUAGAGGAGGGCAGUUCAGUGACUCUGAGCUGCAGCAGUAAUGCUAACCCAGCAGCUAACUAUACCUGGUUCAAGGAACAUGACAUCUCUGUGAAAUUAUCAGGACAGAACUACACUUUCACUUUCAUCAUUUCGGAUCUUGGAGGAAACUAUUACUGCCAAGCUCAUAACGCAAUUGGACAGCAUAAUUCCACCUUUUUGUUUAUUAAAGUGACAUCCUCAUCAUCACAGAAAGCAAUAGUAGCUGUAGCAUCCAUUGGUGUCUUCAUGGUGACCAUACACCUCAUCAUCUUCCUCUGGAUGAGAAGAAAGAGGGCCUCUAGAAAAGCAUGUGGACAGGGAGGAAGGCCAGAUACCGUGGAGGAGAGUUGCCCAUAAGCCACAAAUAUGAACACUCUGGCAUUGAGAGUUUCUACCAGGACAGAAGAAAAGGCUUUGAGCUGGGUGAAACAGCUGAUAAUGAACUUGCCAGCUUGUUACGCUCGAUGAGCCUAGACAAGGCCAUUGUCCCAGAUGGACUUCCUGCUAGGCGGAUUGGGACAGUACGGAAAUCACUGCUCAAAGCAAUCCCACUGGAAUGGCCCUUUUAGACCUACAGAAGGCUUGGGCCGCAUAAUUUUGCUGAUUCACUUAGAAUGUUUAAGGCUAAGUCCAACAUUAAAUCUGAUUUAAAUCCUGUUUGACGGAUAGAUGAUGGUGUGCAAGGUAGUAGAGAUAGUAUAAGAUGUCAGCAGUGAUGGGAAUAACAUAGUUAAAAAUAAUGGCGUUACUAACGGCGUUCCUUUCUUGACUACUCUUCCCAUCAUUAUUACGCUGUUACCGUUACUUCCAAAAAAUUUGGUGCAUUACUGUAAUUUAAGCUGUCUUUUUCAUUAGACCAUCUAGAUCUCUCUAUCUUUACUGUUUUCCUUUGGUUAGUGGGCACGAGACAAACACAUUAAUGAUUAAGAUGGGCUGAGGUAGAGUCAAAUUUCAUGGUAAGCCAAUCAGAUGUAGAGUUGGGCAGGUGUUGUUAACACAUGUUCGAAAGCACGCAUAGGGCCCUAUUUUAACGGUCUGAAACGCAAGUGAGAAGCACCAAGCGCAAGUAGCUUUGUGGGCGGUUCUACGGCGAUUUCGCUAGUUUACCGGCACGAAAAAUUACUUGCGCCUUGCGCAUAUCUAAAAAGGGUUGGUCUGAAGUAGCCUAAUUAUCCGUAGGUGUGGUUUGGGCGUAACGGGCAACAAACCAAUGAGAGUGCCAUCUCCCAUCCCCUUUAAGAGCCAUGAGCGCAUUUGAAUCUGAUGAGUUGAUAUUUUGACAGUGCGACUGCAGUCUCCGAUGAGACAGAUGCACAUGAAUUUCAAACGGCAAAUGGCUUAGAUUAUGGCCAAAUAAUAUGGCCGAAUUCAUACGUGGAGGUUUUCUUCCACAACUUCAGAAAUGCUGAGUCGUCAAAUACAUUUCGGCAAAGAAAACGUAUAUGAUAAAACAUAUGAUAUGCGGUAACUGUGGUUCUAUUUAAUGAUGUACGCAAUACAUUAUAAACAUUGUUUCUUAUCAGUAUUGUAUGCAUUAUCGUUAUCGACUUGUGUUCCUAAUAUGCAUGUGUCCCCCCGUUAAUAUACAUUGCCAUGGACUGUAUUGCGUUAUGUGUUUAGUUUGCGUGUGUUUAAACAGAUGGACGCACACACGUGCGCGCGUGUGUGUUACACAUACACACACGCGCGCCCGCAUUCAUUUACACUCGCGGUAAAACAAUGUUUUCUCACGAUCAAAUACCCAUCAAUCCUAAAAGUUAUGGGCAUGUACACGAUGUCUGUGUCAAGAAAAUAUGUGUUUGCUGUACGGUGUUUGCAGAUGCAUUGAUUUAAAAGUACAAAUUAUUACCGCUGUAUAAGCUGUUCUUUCCCAAAUAAUUUACCAAGAAUGUGUGGCUAGGUAGAUGAGAGAAGCAAAGUGUAUGCGCGAGGUGCACAAGCAAUAUUGGGCAUGCGUCCUUAAAAUAGCAUCUGAACAACGCGCCACUGACUUUAAACCAGGUAUUUCCUAGUUUGUGGCGCAAGUGGUUUCUGAAACGUCAAAAUAGCAACCAGGGUACGUUUGCGCCAGAACACUCCUUCCUUUCGCCCAACCGCCCCUUGGGGCGCAUGAUCAUUCCCUAAUUUACCGACGCGUGGUGCAGGAGGGAAAAGAACGCUCUGCGGCAGUUGCAAACUAGCAACGACACAUGCACUAGUGAUCAAGUCAAUUGCGCCGGAUGCAAGAUAGGGCCCAUAGUCUGACACAUAAUGACACAAGUGAGUCAAUGAGAAACAGGAAUGGCAAACCCAAAUAAUCCAAAAGAGAAUAAUUCAACAUACAAAUGUAUUUUAAAUUCCGUUAAAGGAGGGUGGAGGUGGGGUCCAAAUUCUUUGACACAUUUGAGGAUUUACGCAAUAGCUACUUUACACAGUAACUAGUAACUUUUAUAAUUUGUAAUUGAGUAAUUUUUGGGAGAAGUAACUAUUAGCUGUAACUUAUUUCUUUUUUAAAGUUACUUGCCCAAGACUGGAUUUCAGAGAGUUGACUUGUGGGAUCCCACAGGGAUAUAUUAUUGGCUCUGUUUUAUAUUUGAUAUAGGUCAAUGAUAUAUAUCUGUCGUCCCAUCUUGCUUUAAAAAGUCUAUCAUUGUACCGGUG